AUGUUCUCUAUGCUUCGCGUGCCUUCGAUCAGCGGAUCGCUCAAAAGUGCUUCUAGGACUCUAAUUACAUUGAGACUGGCAUCAACGUUGGUCUUUCUGGAGUCCAGUAGGGACGGAAAAGUACUACAAUCUUCACUGAGCGCUUUGUCCGCUGCACAACAGUUGGGAAACCCAGUAACAGCUUUGUUUGCAGGAUCAUCUGCUGCUACUGCUGCUGAAGAACUCAAGUCAACUGGAGGGUCCACACUGCUGAAGAAAAUCAUUGUGGCUGAUAGCAAGACCUACGACAAUUAUCUUCCUGAGGCCCUUACUCCAUUGGCCUUGGAAAUACUUAAAGAUCCCGAGUUCAGCCAUUUUGUAGUUGCCAGCUCUGCUGUAGGUAAAAAUUUGCUACCUCGUGUUGGUGCUUUGCUUGAUUAUCAACCUAUUUGUGAUGUCACCAAGAUCGUGGACUCAUCAACUUUUAUCAGGCCAAUAUAUGCUGGGAAUGCCUUGGCAACAGUUCAUUGCGGCCAGAACAAAAAAUUAGUUAGCAUAAGAGCUUCGUCUUUCCCAGCUGCCUCUGCCAGUGCCACGGCUGCGUCGGUUACCAAUGCGCCGGAGGUUCAGAUCUCCGACUUGACCGUACAAUGGGAAAGUGAGAAUUUGGUGAAAAGUGCCAGACCUGAUUUAGGAUCGGCCUCCAAAGUUGUUUCUGGUGGACGUGGUUUGAAAAACAAAGAGACUUUCGACAAGCUUGUAACACCGUUAGCCGACUCGCUCGGUGCUGCCAUUGGCGCGACCAGAGCUGCAGUAGACUCUGGGUUUUGUGAUAAUUCUCUACAAAUCGGUCAAACCGGAAAGGUUGUCGCUCCAGACUUGUACAUAGCCGUUGGUAUCUCAGGAGCAAUUCAGCACUUGGCCGGUAUGAAAGAUUCUAAAGUCAUCGUGGCCAUUAACAACGACAAGGAAGCACCUAUAUUCCAAGUGGCUGACUACGGUUUAACUGGCGACUUAAAUGAAAUAGUUCCAGAGCUGACCGAAAAGUUGAGCCUAAACAAAUGA